AUGGUGUUGGCAGCGACCUACGCAGCAACUCUGAAAGAGCUGCGAACGCUGCGAUGCGAUGACUCAACCAAGACGGCGGAAAUCAACGAGGCCUUCACGGAAGUCGACAAGAGUUUAGCGGCUUUGCUCAACGAGCUCCAAGAGCUCCAAGCGUCCGAGGCAACCGAGAAAGCGCGGCUCGAGACCAACGCUGCUGUCGCGCCCAAGACCAUCAAGCUCAACGUCGGUGGCCGCGUCUUUGAGACGAGCAAGGACAAUCUUUUGCGGGAUGCAGACUCGUUCUUUUACGCGAUGGUGACGAGCGAGACGUGGCAGCCCCGCGCACGGGACGGCGCCUACUUUAUUGACGGCAACUACACGUACUUUGAUCGGGUCAUGGCGUACCUUCGCACGGGCCAUUUGGACGCCGACGGACUCUCCGAGUCGGCGAGAAGCCAGCUCUUCAGCAACGACAGGGCAUCGACCAUCCCAGUCGCAGCCUCGACCACGACCCUCGCUGCCACGCUUCAGCGUAUUCGACGAGCGGAAGAGGAACGCCAAAAGGGUAUGAAGAAGGUCACGGACGACUACGAGCGAUCGGCCGCCGCUAUCGAGGCCGAGAUUGCAGCGCUGCGUACGGCGCAAAAUCGCCGCAACACGAUUCAGAAGCUCACGCAAGCCCAGGCGGCCAUUGCCGACGACACGAUCCGCCUCAACGUCGGCGGCACUUUCUUCGAGACCAGUCGCGCAACACUCUUGGCGCUACGCAGCGGCGCGGCGUUUUGCAAGCAGCCCGACACGUUCUUUCAAGCGAUGCUUUCCCAAGGCCACUGGACGCCCCGUGACGACGACGGCGCGUAUUUUAUCGACCAAGAUGCGCGGUAUUUUGAAUAUGCGCUCGACAUGCUGCGCCAGGGCACGCUCAACACCAAAGGGCUCUCAGCCACGGCGCAAAAGGAGCUUCAUCGUCUCCUUGAUUUCUUGCAGAUGAAGUCGUCGUCUUGA